CCCCUCCCCUCCAGGGCCCCGGGGAGCGUUUCCUUGGCUCCUGGGGAGGAGACGUUUCCUAAUCUCGGGCCGGGGUUAAAGUUCUGGUACUGGUGAGAUGCUGGAAGCUGCGGCCGCAGCCGCAACCCGUCCCAGAGGUGCCCUGUCGCCUGUCGCCGCCGCCGCCAGCACCACUGCUACCGCUGCCACUGCCGCCCUGCCAGGGCCAUGUUCGCUCUGGGCUUGCCGUUCUUGGUGUUCUUGGGGGCCUCGGUCGAGAGCCAUCUGGGGGUUCUGGGGCCCAAGAACGUCUCGCAGAAAGAUGCCGAGUUUGAGCGCACCUACGUGGACGAGGUCAACAGUGAGCUGGUGAACAUCUACACCUUCAACCAUACUGUGACCCGCAACCGGACGGAGGGCGUGCGUGUGUCAGUGAACGUCCUGAACAAGCAGAAGGGGGCGCCUUUGCUGUUUGUGGUCCGCCAGAAGGAGGCUGUGGUGUCCUUCCAGGUGCCCCUAAUCCUGCGAGGGCUGUAUCAGCGCAAGUACCUCUACCAAAAGGUAGAACGAACACUUUGUCAGCCCCCCACCAAGAAUGAGUCUGAGGUCCAGUUCUUCUACGUGGAUGUGUCCACCCUGUCACUAGUCAACACCACGUACCAGCUCCGGGUCAGCCGAAUGGAUGACUUUGUGCUCAGGACGGGGGAGCAGUUUAGCUUCAAUACCACAGCAGCCCAGCCCCAGUAUUACAAGUAUGAGUUCCCUGAGGGAGUGGACUCAGUGAUUGUCAAGGUGACCUCCAAUAAUGCCUUCCCCUGCUCAGUCAUCUCCAUCCAGGAUGUCCUGUGCCCUGUCUACGACCUGGACAACAACGUGGCCUUCAUCGGCAUGUACCAGACUAUGACCAAGAAGGCAGCCAUCACUGUGCAGCGCAAAGACUUCCCCAGCAACAGCUUUUAUGUGGUGGUGGUGGUGAAGACCGAAGACCAGGCCUGUGGGGGUUCCUUGCCUUACUACCCCUUUGUAGAAGAUGAACCGGUUGAUCAAGGGCACCGCCAGAAAACCCUGUCAGUGCUGGUAUCUCGAGCAGUCACGUCUGAGGCCUACGUUGGUGGGAUGCUCUUUUGCUUGGGCAUAUUUCUUUCCUUCUACCUGCUGACUGUCCUCCUGGCCUGUUGGGAGAACUGGAGGCAGAGGAAGAAGACCCUGCUGAUGGCCAUGGACCGAGCCUGCCCAGAAAGCGGUCACCCUCGGAUCCUGGCUGAUUCCUUUCCUGGCAGCCCCCCUUAUGAAGGUUACAACUAUGGCUCCUUUGAGAAUGGUUCCGGAUCCACUGAUGGUUUGGUCAACAGUGCGGGCACUGGGGACCUCUCUUACAGUUACCAGGGCCACUCCUUUGACCCAGUGGGCACUCGGCCACGACUGGACUCCAUGAGCUCUGUGGAGGAGGAUGACUAUGACACAUUGACCGACAUCGAUUCAGACAAGAAUGUCAUUCGCACCAAGCAAUACCUCUACGUGGCUGACCUGGCACGGAAGGACAAGCGUGUUCUGCGGAAAAAGUACCAGAUCUACUUCUGGAACAUUGCCACCAUUGCUGUCUUCUAUGCCCUUCCUGUGGUGCAGCUAGUGAUCACCUACCAGACGGUGGUGAAUGUCACAGGGAAUCAGGACAUCUGCUACUACAACUUCCUCUGUGCCCACCCACUGGGCAACCUCAGCGCCUUCAACAACAUCCUCAGCAACCUGGGGUACAUCCUGCUGGGGCUGCUCUUCCUGCUCAUCAUCUUGCAGCGGGAGAUCAACCACAACCGAGCCGUGCUGCGCAAUGACCUCUAUGCCCUGGAAUGUGGGAUCCCAAAACACUUCGGUCUGUUCUAUGCCAUGGGCACAGCCCUGAUGAUGGAGGGACUGCUUAGUGCUUGUUAUCAUGUCUGCCCCAACUAUACCAAUUUCCAGUUUGACACAUCGUUCAUGUACAUGAUUGCUGGGCUCUGCAUGCUGAAGCUCUACCAGAAGCGGCACCCAGACAUCAACGCCAGUGCCUAUAGCGCCUAUGCCUGUUUGGCCAUCGUCAUCUUCUUCUCUGUGCUGGGCGUGGUGUUUGGCAAAGGGAACACAGCGUUUUGGAUCGUCUUCUCCAUCAUUCACAUCACUGCCACUCUGCUCCUCAGCACGCAGCUCUAUUACAUGGGCCGCUGGAAGCUGGACUCGGGGAUCUUCCGCCGCAUCCUUCACGUGCUCUACACGGACUGCAUCCGGCAGUGCAGCGGGCCCCUCUAUGUGGACCGCAUGGUGCUGCUGGUCAUGGGCAACAUUAUCAACUGGUCGCUGGCUGCCUACGGGCUCAUCAUGCGCCCCAACGAUUUUGCCUCCUACUUGUUGGCCAUUGGCAUCUGCAACCUGCUUCUUUACUUCGCCUUCUACAUCAUUAUGAAGCUCCGGAGCGGGGAGAGGAUCAAGCUCAUCCCCCUGCUCUGCAUCGUCUGCACCUCCGUGGUCUGGGGCUUUGCACUCUUCUUCUUCUUCCAGGGACUCAGCACCUGGCAGGAAACCCCUGCAGAGUCGAGGGAGCACAACCGGGACUGCAUCCUCCUCGACUUCUUUGAUGACCAUGACAUUUGGCACUUCCUCUCCUCCAUCGCCAUGUUUGGGUCCUUCCUGGUGUUGCUGACACUGGAUGACGACCUGGAUACCGUGCAGCGGGACAAGAUCUACGUCUUCUAGCAGGAGCUGGGCCCUUUGCUUCACCUCAUGGGGACCUGAGCUCCUAUGUGUCACCUUCAGGGUACCUCUGUAGUACUGGGGCUGUGAGUCCCAGCCCCGCUGCCCAGCGCUGGAUGGCGGCAGGACAGCGAGGUCUAGCCCAGGCCUGCUCUGGGACAGUCAUGGGGUGGCAUUGAGCCUUGCAGCUGCCCUUUGCCAGGGAGGAAGUCUGCUCCCCUGAAACACAGACAUUGGCCAAAUUGCUGCUUUCUUCUCAGUGUUGGGGCCUUCCACGGGCCCUUGUCCAUUGGCUGUCCAUGUGUCCCUCUGCAGGAGGAAGGAGGGAAGGUGAUGCCCUUGCCAUUUCAUGCCUUGCAUUCUGCCCGUCCUUCCCCUCCCCCUCGGCCUGGGACCCAAAGCCCUUUCUUCCUCCCACAUUCCCACUUCAGGGCCCUAGUCUGGGACCUACUGCUCUGUCCUGCACCAGGGCCCAGUUCUCUUUGGGGCUGUACCUGGCUGCCAUCACUGCCCAUUCCGGUCAGCCAGAAUGGAUGCGGGUGUGGGUUUUUGGGGGCUGGCCAGCUGGUGCCAGGCCUUUGGUGCUAAGGCUUGUGAGGAGCCCAGGGCAGGACCCACCUCCCUGUGACCUGGGCUCGGGACUGGCUCUUUAGCAAUGAGGGUCAGCUCAAUUUGAGAACCACCUUCUGAUCUGAAGGGCUGAAUUCAGAGGUCACCUCCUCAUCUCAUCAGCCGCCAGACUGAUGCUGGCACCAGGAGUUGGGGGAAAGUGACUCACCCCGUCCCUUCCUUUCUUUCCAGGCCCUUAGUCCUGCCAAGCCCCAGCAGGGGGCCUUCCAGUGCCAUUGACACUGCCCAAGAAUGUCCAGGGGCAAAGGAGGGAAGAGACAAAGAGCUCAGCACAUCCUGCCUCCUCCACAGCUGCAGGAGCCGCAGUGCCUGUCUUAGAAAGGGGCUUAAGGAAGGGAUAUGCUAUUUUCCUCCAUGUCCCCAGUCCCAGCCUCACUCUAAGAGCCAGGGCUGGCUUCUGAGUUUCCGUCCAGUCUUCAGCCACGUUCUGUGUUAGUCACACACAUGCAUCCAUGGGAAACCUGGAGUUUACACUGAAUUGCCCCCAGCUCUGAGCCCCCAUGGGCACUCUGGUCCUUGUAUCCCCUUCACCCAGUUCAGUCCAUUCCAGAUGCCAAGGAUCAGGGAGGUUAGGUUGGACCUCUGCCUGGGAUGGGAAUGUGUUUUAUUUUCUCAAAAUUGUUUUUAUAGCUCUCCUUGGGCUGGGUAAAGGAGAUGGGUCUGAAUCUUUUUUUCAGAGCUCCGUUUUAUGUCUUUCCACACUACGGUUGCAUUUCUGUUUUCUAUGAAUGAGUCUGCAUUCAAUAAAGAAACAACCAGACGCA